CACUGAUGCGCACUGAUAGGCAACACUGACUGGCACUGAUUGGCAGCAUUGAUAGGUGGCACUGACUGGCACUGAUGGGUGACAUUGAAAGGCAGCUCAGAUGGGCACUGAUAUGUGGCAUUGAUGUGCACUGGCAUGCACUGAUAUGUGGCACUCAUGGGCACUGGCAUGUGGCACUGAUGGGCACUGACAGGUGGCACUUCUGGGGCCACACUGAUCAUCAGGGCCCUGAUGAACACUCGAGAGGAGAGAAAUGCCGAUAACUGGCAUUUCCGUGUUUACAUGUGAUCAGCUGUGAUUGGAUACAGCUGAUCA